CCCAAUAAUAACAUUAUUGAUCCAUCAAAUCCUCAUGAAAGCAAAUUCCUUUUUCUUCUUUCCCUUUAAUUUCCAAGAUAGGCCCGAAUCAUGUGAAAAACUGGGCUAGAUGCUUAAUAUGGUUAAAAUAUCACAAAGAGAGUCCACAGCCACUGUGCAUGAAUUCGAUGAUGAAAAGUGUGGCUUGGUUGAUCUUGGUUGACUGAAUUACUGUAUUGCUGUGUUCUUGAUUUUUUUCGAUUUUUUCCGUCAUGAAACCAUCACAUCUACCAGGCUUUUACGUGCAGGAACUUCAUCCCAGCACGAUUUUGCCGUUUCUAGAACAUACUCGGAUGAACGUUUAAAGUAUAGGCCAAAUAUGGGAAUCCGAGUGGAUCAAUAUCCCCCAGAACUCCCUGAACCGGCAAGAUCCUGAAACGUCAAAAUAGGCGAAAGAAAGCUUUUGAAACGUGCGAACAGGGGCUUUCCAUAGCGAAGUGUCUAGAUGACGACUAUCCAAUUUACCAAUUUACCCCUCAAUAUAAAUUCAUCUAAUGACAGCCUCAUGGCGUACCUUCCCCUCUAUUGAUCGAUCCACUUUUGAAUGAAGUAGAUACAUGAUAUAAAACGAAACAAAUGAGAGAGAAGGGAUUAGGAACCUCAAUCAAGCAUAUAUCAAACUUUACCGGGACAGUGGACACAGUCGAGGCUCGAAUAGAUGAAUUCGAAGACUGAAGCUUUUUGGGCCAUUGACAGUGGGUUAAUGACAAUGGAUUCAACAAGGAUAGGAGUAUUUCAAACUUUUGAAAGUACAAAAAGGUUUGCAUCUGCGCAAGAUUUGACUUUUCUCUCUGUAUCGCAAGAAUCGUUUCUUUCUCUUCCGUUCCUUCUCUCAUUCCUUCCUUUGAGUUGUUGCCUUGACGGUAUACAUUCUUUUUCAAUUCAUUCUUUUCUUAAACUCUCAUUGACAGGUCUGGUGACCAUUUUCCGAAAUCAACAACUUCAUAUACACAUUCAUUCAAAUUAAACAAUCGCAAGAAACACAUCUCGAAAUUUCAAAAUGCGUACUUCUCUACUCACUCUUGGCUUUGCUGCCAGAGCUCUUGCUCAAACAGCUGUCUCUUAUGUGGAUGCCAACACUGGGAUCACAUUCGAGGGUGCAACAGACACAACAGGAUUCCGAUUCGGUAUGGUCAUGGAGGCCAAUGCCACAUCUGACUUCAUCGGACAAAUUGUCAUCCCAAGUACAGCUGGUUCAGGAUAUGGAGGUGUUUCAUUAACUGGUAGUAUGGUUGGCAGCAUGUUGAUUGUUGCUUGGCCCAGUGGAACUGAUGUCAUUGCAUCGUUGCGCGAGACCAGUGGAUACACUUCUCCAGGUGCCUACGCAAAUGCCACGGCACAAUUGUUGCCAAUUGCAAAGGGUACCUUUGUCAACUCAACCCACAUGUCAUAUACUUUCCUUUGCCAAGCUUGUAUUGGAAACACUUAUACUUUGGCGGCUGGUGCUACUCAGGUCGUUGUUGGAUGGGCUUAUGGUAACGGCACAGUCACAAAUGCUGCCUCUGCUACCGAUGCGACUUUCAGUUAUCACGGUACUGGGUAUGGUGACUUCGGCAUUCAAACUGCCAGUGCUGCGAACGAUAACUACGCCACAUGGGCUGCUAUGGCCAGCGCUGCCACUGCCAGCAACACAACUGCAUCUACCACUACUACCACUUGCUCAAACACUACCGUAUCAACUUCUAACUCAACUUACGAUUACAUCAUCGCAGGUGCAGGUCCAGCUGGUAUCAUCGUUGCAGAGCGUCUUGCCGAGAGUGGUGCAUCUGUCUUGAUGUUAGAAAGAGGAAACGUUUCCACCUAUGCUACUGGUGGUAGAUCCACUGUUUCAUGGAACGACACCGUCACCCAAUAUGAUGUUCCUUCCAUGGCAUACUAUCUCACAUCCGCUUCUGUCUCCGAUGAAUACUGUACAGACACUGCUUCAAUGGCUGGAUGUAUUCUUGGAGGUGGUACUAUGGUCAAUGCCUUGAUGUUCGUCCGUCCACAAGAAGCUGAUUUCGAUGACAAAUGGCCAACUGGAUGGAAAUGGACCGAUGUCAGUGCAUCCGCCGACAGACUCUAUGAGCGUAACCCCGGUACUACCAACCCUACCUCAAACUCGCAAAGAUACGAUCAAAGCGUAUGGAACGUUCUCUCUUCAUUCUUGGGUAACCUUGGUUGGUCCGAAGUUGAUGCUAUCGAAUCACCAAACUCAAAGACUCUAGCUUACUCUCAUCCACCAUGGGAUAUCCAAGAUGGUCUCCGUGCUGGUCCAGUCAAGUCUUACUACCCGCUCGCUACUGCCAUGAGCAACUUCAAAGCUCAAUUCAAUACUAAGGUCGUAAGAGGUAUCCGAAGCACCACCAACGGUACCACAUUCUCUGGUGUUGAAGUUGAAAACUCCAACACUGGUGUACGUCAAAUCAUCAACCUCAAUGCAGGUGGUAAACUUAUUCUCGCUGCUGGAGCCAUGUCUACUCCUCGUAUCUUGAUGAACAGUGGAAUUGGUCCAACCGAUCAAAUCACCACUGUGAAGAACGGAAGCAGCUGUGUUACUCUCCCAGCUGAAUCUGACUGGAUUAACCUUCCAGUUGGAAAGAACCUCAAGGACCACCCAAUCUUCACCCUCACUUUCAACGUUACCGGUGCAAUGGCUAGCAACUCCACCUCGUUGGCGUCAACUGAUUUCACCUCUCCAAGUACUGCUAACAUCGAUCUCUUCGCCCAACAAACCGGACCACUUGUGCAAUCUGGUCAAAGAUUGAACUUCUGGACUUCCGUUAACACCACCAGCGGAACCAAGUACAUCCAAGGAACCUGUAACUCCCCCGCUAGUGGUCAAAUCCGCAUCAAGCUCUACCUUACCCAUGGUUUGACAUCCACUGGUGUUCUUGGUAUUACCAGUUCCGGUGCCACAGAAUUCACUACUAACCCAUGGAUGAACACCGCCGACGAUAAAUCUGCCAUCGAAACCAUUAUUGACUACUUUCUCAAUGCCGCCAAGAACAGCACCAUGCUUACACCAUCUGAUAGUACCAUAACCGGUGCUUCUUUGGUCUCCGCUGGUACUUACGUUACCGGUGAUCAUUUCACCGGUACUGCUAUUAUGGGUGAGACCAACGAUGGAACUUCAGUUGUCGAUACCAACACCCAAGUCUGGGGAACCGAUAAUUUGUUCGUCGUGGAUGCAUCUAUGCACCCUGAUAUGCCAACUGGUAAUACUCAAGCUAUCAUCAUGGUUGCUGCUGAGCAAGCCGCGCAGAAGAUCUUGGCAUUAGCUGGAAAGACUAUCUCCUCUACUGCGUCCACCACCACUUCAUCUUCAGCUUCUUCGGGAAGCAGUGUUGCUUCAGCUCCAGCAGUCUCAAGCGCCGCUGCAUCCGCAUCGGCUGUUUCUGGAGCUACUACAUCUGCUUCCUCGGCAGCUGCUAGCUCUGCAUCUGGUGAUGAUGACGAUGAUACCUGCCCAUUCGGCUAUGAGCUUGACGAAUAGAGUAUUGUAAAUAUUCCAGCGUUUCAAUUGAACGAAUAGAGGAGGAAGGAGGAGAAACUGUUUCUUUGUAUAUAUAUCCACAUAGUUCUUGAUAGCGUUAUUGCAAUUCAUGUAUAAAUUUUACAUUUUAUAUGUUCACCCACACC